AAAUUGGAAUUUAAAUAUUCGAAACAUAGUAUUGAUGGAUAGUGAUUCCAAUGUACCUGUCUUAAAAGAGAAUCCUGAAUUUCGCUGAAAGCCAUGGUUUAGUGCUAAGAAUUUGUCUCAAGAUUGUUUCAUUUAUGCUUAAAUCUUGUAUCUGGCAUUGCCUUAAAUAUUAGCUUCAUUUGAUUAAUUGUUUCGAAGGUUUGUCUUUGGGGAUUAUUGCUAAUUUUAUCUUAUUGUAGGAGUUCUUCCAAGGUUUCCAAUUUAAUUAAGGGUCUGUUUUUUCUUAUCUUUGGUACAUAAGAUUACUUUGUUGCAACUCUUCUUUUCUUGAAGUACUAAUAUCCAACACCUCUGUUGGGCACUUUUUCGGAGAUGAGUGUGAUUAUAUGAUCCUCCAAGGAAUCUUCAAAUUUAUGGAAAAAAUUAGAAGAAAAUGCAAUGCAGUCAAGAAACUGAUACCUAAGUGCCUGUGUUACACUUUCUCGGUCGUGAGUGUCAGAUUGCAAGUAUAUCAAUUUUUGUUUUUUUAGUUUUGGUGGUCAUGUCUCCAUACCCAUAUUGGAACAUGUGUCAAAUAUGGGCAUUUAAGAAAAAUGAAAACUCAGGGCAACAUAACUAAAAGCUAUAGUAGUUAUCAAAGUAUCUUGCUGCCAAGCAGAGAUGUGAGAAUGGAAGGGGGAAAAAUAAGCAUAGAUAUUCCCAGGGAUGGAAAAUCCAAGGUUCUUGAUCCAGUAUUUUCUGUCUUUCUUGUUCAACUUCCACACAAACUUCAAAACUGUCUUAAGCUCAAGAGAUUAGCUAAAUAUGGUGACAAAAUAAAACCGGUGAACUCUUUUAUUGAGAAGAAGAACCGUUUAUCUACCGGAUUGUGGACAGAUCGUGAGAAACAAUUGCAAGCUUGGAGAGGAAAUCCUUCAUGGGUCCAUCCACCUCCUGAAAUAGAGGUCAGUGUAGGGAAAGGCUCUCUUUGCCACCUUAAGGCAACAGCUGAUAUCGGGUUGCCCCCAGAUGAGGUGUAUAACAUUGUUACUGAUCCUGAUAACAGGAGAGUUUUCAAAAACGUUAAGGAAGUGAUAUCAAGAAAAGUUUUAAUCGAUGAAGGUAAAAGACAGGUGGUCGAAGUGGAACAAUCAGCUAUCUGGAGAUUCCUUUGGUGGUCAGGAACCAUCUCGGUUCAUGUUCUAGUGGAUCAAAACAGAGAAGAUCACACGAUGAGGUUCAAACAAAUGAGCAAUGGAUUCAUGAAAAAAUUCGAAGGUUACUGGCGAGUCGAACCACUUUUUGUCGACGAGGAAAUCUGUUUUCCUUUCAAACCGAAAACAUUAUCAGAGUAUUGUUCAUGUACUGGAGGUAAAGGAAGGAUUGGGACAAAGGCGAGCUUAGACCAACUGAUUCAACCAGCCAUCGCUCCUCCCCCACCCAUUUCUUGGUAUCUAAGUGGAAUACCUGCGAAAACCACUGAGAUGCUGAUAAACGAUCUACUUGCCGAAGCCGACAGUAUCAAGGGCAGCCGUAACUCGGAAAUCUUGGACAAGGAGCUUCGGUUAUCAAAGAAAAUAAACGAACAUCGUUACCAACCCGAACAAGCCUGUGAUAUUAAAGGAAGAUGGAAGUCACAUCGGAGGAAUCGGAAGUUGUUGCAGCGUCGUAAGAAGCUGUUCACAUAUGAAUCCUCAAGUUUCUGAUUUGUUCGAAUUCAUCUGUAUUUUGUUGCGUCAAUGCUAUAUGAAAUUUGUUCAAUAACUUUGUAAUGAUAUCUCCAUUUGGACAUUUGUAACACUUUCAGAUUUUAAGCAAUCUUCCAAUCUUCUUC